GAGACCGGCCCCCACCCUCACUUCAGAGAGAGAGAGAGAGAUGUGAAUAUUUGCAUUGGAUCCUUCGCCGAAGUGGGUUUAAAUUAGCCUCCCACCUUCUCUAUCUUUUAAGAACGCCUUGAGGGCUAAAGUCCAAAGAAGGUUGAAGAAAUCUCUUAAAAAACUCAAAAACAGAUGGUGAUUUUAUGAUUAUAUCCUCCCAAGUCUCUGCAGGCAUUACAUUUCUAUAUCAACCCUAUUUGGUUUUCUUACCUGGGAUUGCUUUAGAUUUCUUCUUCUUUAAUUAUCAUCAUCUCUUAUCCGUUUUUUCUCCUCCUUUAUUCCAAUUCUUGUUAGUACUUUCUCUUCACAUGUACUCUGAGUUCAAGUCACUUUCAUUCAUGGGUGUGUCCGACUCUCAGAUGUUUCUCUCUGAGAAGGAUCUCCAUGCCAUGGAAUUGAAUUUCCUAGUACGACCCACGUUGGAAUUUCAAGAUGAUCAAGAUCCUGGGCUUCACAAAAAGCCAGAAGCACUCAAAGAAGAAGAAGAAGAAGAAGAAGAAGAAGAAAACAAAUGCAAGAUUUCAGUCGUUCCUUCUUUGGAGCUCAUCAAAAUUCCUUCUGUAGCAGAAUUCAGAGACGACGUGGAAGAUGAUGACGAUGGGUUCAAGACUCCAACUUCUUUGGAUCACAAAAUCCCAGUGAUCCGGCCGUGCCCACCUCCGCCAAGAAAACCCAAAACUAUUACAUUGACAAAACGAAAAGCCGCUCGACAAAGAAUUCUGCUUGAUCUGUCAAACAACAUUGAAGCAUUAUUUCCUCCAGCUCUUCUAGUAGAUCUUAGUGGUAAGACUCGUAAGAGUAAGAAAAUUAGACAAGAAGAUGAGACCAUAUCAUGAUGGCCGGCCGGCUUUAUGUUAUAUAUGUGAAGCUUAUCUUAUGUUUUUUUUUUUUUUGUUUUUAGUGGAAUUUUCCAUAUAGACUGGCAUUCUACCUAUGGAAAUGAUAUGAUAUGUUGUCAUCAAUGUUAUUUCUUCUUCAUUUUCAUAUAUAA